AUGACGAAUUUCUUAUCUGUCAUUAUAAGCUUGUCCUCGUUGAUUUUACUAAUCACAGCAAAUGAUGCAUCGAAUACCAUGGAUAUUCUCAUGCCUGACGCUCGUGCUGAACAUGUCGAUGAUUAUUUAUGUACAGCAUUUAAAAUGAAUGAAAACCAACCGACUUACAUCACUGCUUUUAAUCCAUCAGCAACAUCGAAAGAUGCUCAUCAUAUUUUACUUUUCGGAUGUUCGGAACCGGGUAGUGAUGACGAAAUUUGGAAUUGUGGUGAAAUGUCUCAUGCAAAUGAUCAUUCCAAACAAAAAUAUAGAAAUGGACCAACAUGUAAAUCAGGCACAACUAUUAUCUAUGCGUGGGCUUUAGAUGCUGACAAGACCGAAUUACCCGAAGAUGUUGCCUUCAAGGUUGGCGGAUCGACAUCUAUCAAAUAUCUUGUUUUACAAGUCCAUUAUGCCAAUUUGGAGAAAUUCGAAGCUGGUGAAACUGAUCGUUCUGGUUUAGUUUUAACAACAUCUCCUAAACCAUCCUCCAAAACAGCAGGUGUUAUGUUAUUAGCAACUGACGGUUAUAUGGAUCCUCAUUCACUUGAAGUAUUUGAAGUUGCCUGUGAAAUUGAACAAGAUAUUGUUAUGCAUCCAUUUGCUUUUCGCACUCAUGCUCAUAAACUUGGUCUUGUGAAUUCGGGAUAUCGCGUCCGUGGCGAUGGUGAUGAUCAAGAAUGGACGGAAAUCGGUCGUCGUUCACCUCAAUUACCCCAAAUGUUCUAUCCAACUGGAAGUGAUGUUACUAUCAAACAAGGUGAUCGUGUUGCUGCUGUUUGUACAAUGUUCAAUUCGCAAUCUCGCACAGUUGAAAUUGGUUCAACUGGAAAUGACGAAAUGUGUAAUUUCUAUAUGAUGUAUUGGGUUGAUGGCGAUCGUUUAUUAGAAGAUGAUGUUUGCACAAGUGCUGGUCCUCCCUCGUAUUAUUUCGCACACGAUCGAAGUUUAAAUAUUGAUAAAAUUCCUGCCGAUGCAUUUCGUAUUCCACCACCCCCGAAUGGCCCAGCGCCUGGUGAACCAGUUCAAGGUGGUCACCAUAUGAUGAUGCAACACAAGACAAAACCACACCGUCGAUACUAUCGUCAACAAUAUGUCUUUUAA